UGAGUCGUGAGCAUAAAUAUAUAUACGCAACAACAACUGAUGCAAAUAGAACUUGUUAAAUAUAAUAAUAAUAAACAAUAGAUAAAGAGUGUUCAUAUUGCAAAUGGAUUACGUUUAUUGUGGCGGCACCGAUCAAAUCGGUGCGUCCGAAGACAUUUUAAGUGUUUACGAUACAGGGCCCCCGCGUAACUCUGAGCAUUAUUCACCAAGUUUCAAUGGCUUCAAUAUUGGUUCCAGCGAUGCCGACUACGUCGCUAGCCCAAUUCCAAUUCUUGCUGACGGCGGGGAAAAUUUUGGCGUCUCGACUGUAGCCUUCGAUGACUAUGAAGAAUUGCUUUGGAUGGGAAAUCAAGGUGGACAUGUUACCUCGUACUACACGAGCUCCCUGCAAAAAUACACCUCCUUCCAAGUACACGCCAGCGAUAUAGUGCGACAAAUAAUUACCAUCGAUUCGGGAGUUCUAGUAUUAACACAGACUUCACUGCGACACCAGAUACGUCGAGGAUUGCCAAAGUUUACGCACAAAUCCAAUAACAUGGUGGAAAUGGUGUGCAUGCUGCAGUUAUCCCCGCAUCGUUUAGUCAUGGCUGGCUUGCAGGAGGAGCUCAUAGAUUUCGAUAUGCGCAGUCUGAAGGAGACGCGGUUGGAGCAUGUCGGAUCCGCUGGAUGUACGGUGUUGCGAAAGAACUCCCGGUAUCUAUUUGCAGGUGACCAAUUUGGCACAGUCACACUAAGAGAUUUGAACACCCUAAGCGUGGAGCAUACAAUCAAAACGCAUACAAAUAGUCUCUCAGAUUUUGAUGUGCAGGGCAAUUAUCUUAUAUCGUGUGGUUAUAGUGGCAGGCAAAAUAAUUUGGCAAUCGAUCGUUUUCUGAUGGUCUACGAUUUGCGUAUGUUGCGACUGAUAUCACCCAUACAAGUUCUGAUUGAUCCGCAAAUGCUGAAGUUUUUGCCAUCGCUUACAUCCCGUCUCGCUGUCGUGUCCAGCUAUGGACAAUUUCAGCUGGUUGACACUGUGGAGCUGAGCGAGCCACGCGUAUCCAUGUACCAAAUUAAUACGAAUGGCAGCCAAUGCUUGAGUUUCGACAUCAGCUCCUCAUCGCAAGCUAUGGCCUUUGGCGAUCAAUCGGGUCAUAUAAAUACAAUUGCCUCCAUACAAACGCCACAGCCACAGUUUAAUGCGUUCUCGAGAAACACUGAGUUUGCGGACGUUGUGCCACAGUUGCCAAUGGUACCAUUUACAGACACAAAUUUUCCACUGUCAUCGGUUAUGCUGCCGCAUUUGACGACAGGCACGCGUUGGUUUUCUGAUUGGCCAGAGGACCUGUUGCGCUAUGGUUAUCAUCGCCCAAAGACCAUAGAUCCAGAUGUGCUUAAUAGUAUGAAAAUGCAAGGACCCAUUGGAUAUUCACCGAAUCCACGAACCGCACGACGAAAUCAAAUACCCUACUUCCUUAUUGACCAGGGACAGAGCGGUGGCGGUAAUGCGAAUGCAAAUGGCAACACGACGGCUACAAAAACCGAGAGCGGCGUUAAAAUCAUACCCAGGCGAUAUCGUAAAGUGGAAUUGAAAUAUAGCAAACUGGGUACGCAAGAUUUUGAUUUCGAACAGCAUAAUCAAACUUGCUUCGCCGGACUCGAAGCUACCUUGCCCAAUUCCUAUUGCAAUGCCAUGCUACAGAUCUUGUACUUUACGGAACCUUUACGAAUGAAGCUAAUUGGACACACGUGCUCCAAGGAGUUUUGCUUAUCCUGCGAACUGGGUUUCCUCUUUCAUAUGCUGGACAAAAGCACUGCUUCAACUCCUUGCCAAGCCAGCAAUUUUCUGCGCUCGUUUCGCACAGUGCCUGAAGCAUCUGCUUUAGGCUUGAUUUUAUCUGAUCGAUCGUCAAAUGUUAAUCUAAUUACACUAAUUCAGAACUGGAAUCGGUUUAUAUUGCAUCAAAUGCAUUAUGAAAUUCUGGAUUCUGGCAAAAACUCUGGCUUGAAUGGUCCUCAAAGUGCAUUAUUUGUCGCAGAAAGUAUGUGCACAGAAAGUAACACGGCUACUGAGUUAUAUGAAUCAAUCUCUGACGAAAGCACAAAGGAGGAGGAACGGGAACGUUGUAAAAUAAACGCCGAAACGGAUAUAAGUAAAAUUUUUGGAACUAAACAGAUAUGCAUAAACAGAUGUAUCAAGUGUCAGGCAGAGAAAUCAAAAGAAAAUAUUUUGCUGGCUUGCAACUUAUCAUACCCCACGCAUAUAAAGGACAAUGAGCAGCACUUUGAUUUUGGUAACAUUUUGAAGCGAUCUUUGAGCUCUGAAAAAAAUAUUCAAGCCUUCUGUGAGAGCUGUAAGAAGUUUUCGCCAACGAAUCAGAGCGUUAAGGUUACAUCGCUGCCGCAAGUAUUGGCGAUCAACUGUGGGCUAAACAAUGAAAAGGAUAUUAGCUUCUUGAAACGCCAGCUUAAUCGUAACAACGAUCGACCAACUGCUGAGGCAGCAUCCUUAAGUACCAGCAAGCCGUGCCGUUAUGGCAUCAACUGCUCGCGUAGUGAUUGCCAUUUUAUGCAUCCGGAUAGAAAAUCUCCUUCACACACAAAUCAGCCAAGCAAUGUCAACAGCUCACCAAGUGCGCGUCAAAAAUCCUGGUUCCCACUGGCCUUCAACAUGGGCAUCAGUGAGACAGGUGAGCUGAGCGUGCUAUCACCCACACACGCUUCCAAAACGGAACAGGAGUCGGAAGAUGAGGAGCUAAUGCAGCAGCAACAACAGCAAACGCUGCCCAAGGAUCACAUCCAACGAAUGUAUGCCCUCCAUGCAGUUGUCUGUCAAAUUGACGAUGGCACCCAGAAGAAUUUGGUGUCCCUAAUAAAUGUGCGCCAAAAAUAUCAUACUAUGAAGGCGACUACCUCGGAUGCAAUCGAUGAGACGCAGUCGCAGUGGUAUAUUUUCAAUGAUUUUAGCAUUUCACCUGUUUCACCACAAGAAUCUGUUUGGUUCACGUUGGAUUGGAAGGUGCCGUGUGUGCUGUUUUAUCGCAGUGUAGAGGAUGAAACAGACGCAACUCCAACCGUGGGAGAGCCCGCUACUGUAACAGCCACACAAACCAACGAUUCAGCCAGCAAUACUCCAACCAAUCCAUUCUUGCAAGACAUCUUAAACCCGAUACCAAAAAAACCCGGCACUGAUGCAACCUUGCGACCACUGCAAUCAAAUGAGAUGCCGCAGGCAGGCGACUUAAUCGCCAUGGAUGCGGAAUUUGUAACAUUAAACCCGGAGGAAAACGAAAUACGGCCGGAUGGCAAAACGGCGACCAUAAAACCCUGUCAUAUGAGUGUGGCGCGUAUAUCCUGUAUUCGUGGGCAAGGCCCUGAUGAAGGUGUACCAUUCAUAGAUGAUUACAUUUCGACACAAGAGAAGGUUGUCGAUUACCUUACACAAUUUUCUGGCAUUAAACCCGGCGACCUCGAUGCUAACUUUAGUAAUAAACGUUUGACUGCCUUGAAGUAUUCGUAUCAGAAAUUAAAGUUUCUUGUCGAUAUUGGCGUCAUAUUUGUGGGUCAUGGCUUAAAGAAUGAUUUCAGGGUCAUUAAUAUAUACGUACCAUCCGAUCAAAUCAUCGACACGGUGCACCUGUUUCAUCUUCCCCAUCAUCGCAUGGUUUCAUUGCGCUUUUUGGCUUGGCAUUUUUUGGGCACAAAAAUACAAUCUGAAACGCAUGACUCCAUUGAGGAUGCUCGCACAACCCUUCAGCUAUACAAACAUUAUUUGCAAUUGCAAGCAGAGAAGAAAUUUACGCUAGCAUUGAAAAAUCUAUACGAUCGUGGUAAACAGCUGCAGUGGAAGGUGCCGGAGGAUUAAGAAUUAUUGGUACCAUCCGCUGGUUAACGAUAGUUAAAGCCAGUACAAAUGCUAGACCGGCCACCUAGAUUGCAAAUUUUUUAAAUGUUGUAUUUGAAAAAAGAAUUCCAUUUAGUUUUAAGCUCAAUAUCGUCUGGACAGACAUGCCCACAAUAAAA